AUGAAAAAGGUGAAACCUGAAUUUGACAGUGCUGACUAAUUGUCACGAAUAGAACUGUAUAAGAGACUUGAUCAGAAUAACCCUUUGAAUCAAGGAAUGCGACCUUAUGAGGGUUUUAAUGGACCCAAAAAGGAGAGAUCGAUGACUGAUAGAUUGUGUUUGCUUUUCUUGUUAUUAUUCUUUUGUGCGACAGUGUUCCACGGAAUAGUACUAAUUAGUUAUGGGAACAUAAAUAGAAUAUCGAAUGGUUAUGAUUUUCGAGACGAGAUCUGUGGCAUAAAUGGUUUGAUUAAUCAGCCCUAUCUGUAUUACCUGCAGCCUUCAGUGGAUAUGAACGUGGCCAUGUGUGUGGAUGAGUGUCCUUCGUCAACAGGUAAAUACACAUGUCUGUAUUCGAUCGACCAUUUCACAACCACCAACUUCUGCUAUGUUCAAAUGAGUUCGACCAAGAUGGCCAGAUAUUGCAUCCCCAAAGAACCUGUGAGCAGAAAAAUAGUAGAUGAUUUUUUGAGUCAAACUGAACCUUAUAUCAAGCGUACUAUGUCUGAUAUUCUGUUGAGUCUUGAUCUGAUAAUAGUCUCCAUCAUCUUACUGGGUGCCUCAGCCUACUUUUUAACUUACCUGUUGAGUUUCCCAUCCAUAGUGAAAUUCUAGGUUUGGGGACAAAUCUGGUUGAGUAUAAUUUGUUUUGGGAUACUCUCCUACCUAUUUUACAGAGAAUACGAGAGAGUGAUAGACACUAGAUGUCUGUAUAAAAUCGAUAAGCAUCAAUGUGGAGGAGACAGAGCCACAUUAUUUUAUUUAGCAUGGAUCGGAACUGCUGGAAUUGGAUUGCUCUUCUUAUUCAACAUCAUGAAACUGUUCAACAAGAUCAAUUUGGGAAUCAGUUUAAUUAAGACUUCAUCUCAGAUUGUGCUUGUUCUGAAAUAAUUGCGUUUCUUUGCAAUCUUUGUUGCUUUCAUUGGUUUUGUUCAAUUAGGAUAUUCCUGCAUAGUCAUAUUUUAUGGUAUGACUAUUGGAGAACGAUCUACAGUUCAAGCUCUCAAUAUUAAUGGAGACGCUGUCAAAAUAUUCACAACCACUCAAAUCUAUUAAUUGUCAUUACCAUUUUAGGCCUUUAUGAUAUUGUUCUUUUUGCUCUUUGUGAUGAGUGUCAAUGAAAUGUUUAAUACCUAUGCUUUGAGUGUGUGGUUCUUCACCAAAAGAAAGGAUGUGGUUCAGAUUCCACUAUUGGUUGUGUUAAGAGAAUUGCUGCUACAUCAUCUUGGAUCUUGUGUGUAUGCAGUGUUUAUGGAGAUAUUCUUCUUUAUACCUAAAUGGAUCUUCUACACCAUCUAUUAUUUUCUCAGCAGUUUGCCACAAGACUCUAUGAUUGUCAGAUUCAUUCAGGGAUGUUGCCUUUGUUGUUUAGCAUGUUACCAAAAUUGUUUAAGAUAUUUGAGCAAACACGCUUUAGUUCAAGUGGCCAUAUGGUCUGAAGGCUACAGUUUAUCAUCUAGGAAGGCAUAUUUUUUAUAGGAUAGACACAAAGAGAAGAUUCAUGAUUUAGAUUUCCUCAUUGAGUUUAUACUCUUUCUAUUAAAAUUGUCAAACAGUCUUGUUAUCAGUUUACCCAUUUACAUCUACCUUUCAGUAAGUGAUACCACUCUUCUGGGGGUGAAAGUAGCAGACAUUGAAAGUCCCCUGAUACCUACUUUAUUUGUAUUCUUAAUUGGGUUCUUUUAUGUCUCAGUCUUUUAAGUAAGUUAUGAUAUCACUACAAAAUCUGUUAUACAAUUAUAUCUAGUGGAUAGAGAAAUGUUUUAUGGGGAGCAAAGAUUUGUGGAAGAUUUCAUUCAAAAGUUCAUGGAAUUCUAUGGGAAGAAGGAAGUAGAUUAAAUCAAAAUAAAGAGUAAUGCAUAGAGGAAGUACAAUGCUCAAGUGGUACCUGAGAACAUCAAUAAAGAAUUGGAUGAGCAAAGUUAUUAAUCUGAAGAACAAGAAGAGGAGGAAGAUGAAGAAGAAGAAUAAGAGGAGGAAUUAGAAGAUAUCAAUUUGUAGGAUGAUAACUCAAGUCCUGAACUGGGCAAUGACUAUAAUGGUAAGAAUAAGACAAAUGCACAUCACAUUGUGGCUGAUCCAUUUUAAUUAGACGAUGCAAGUGACAGUCGAUCUUAGACUUAAUGGAAGAGCGGUACGAAUUUUAAUAAAUGA